AUGGGGUCCUCCUGGGCAUGGCUUCCGGCCGCCGUGCUGCUGCUGACCACGACCCACGCCAUGGCGGCGGCGUCCAGCAUUCAGACGACGACGGAGGCGAGCGUCAUCCGUCCGCCGGCGGCCACCGCACGGUACAGCCCGGGAGCCUUCAGGGAGGCGCCGGCGUUCCGCAACGGCGACGCCUGCGCGCCCUCCUCCUCCUCCCGCGUGCACAUCGCCAUGACGCUGGACGCCACCUACCUGCGCGGCACCAUCGCGGCGGUCUUCUCCAUCCUGCGGCACGCGGCGUGCCCGGAAGACAUCACCUUCCACUUCCUGGCCGCCCACCGCCGCGACGCCGACGCCGUGCGGCGCACGUUCCCGUACCUGGACUACCGCGUGCACCGCUUCGACCCGGCCCGCGUCAGCGCGCGCAUCUCGCGCUCCGUGCGCACCGCGCUGGACCAGCCGCUCAACUACGCGCGCAUCUACCUCGCCGACAUGCUCCCGCGCGCCGUCGCCCGCGUCAUCUACCUCGACUCCGACCUCGUCGUCGUCGACGACGUCCGCAAGCUCUGGGCCGUCGACCUCGCCCGCGACGGCAGCGUCGUGGCGGCGCCCGAGUACUGCCACACCAACUUCACCAAGUACUUCACCGAGGCCUUCUGGUCGGACGCCAGUCUGAGCGCCACGUUCCGGAACCGGCGGCGCCGGCCCUGCUACUUUAACACGGGCGUCAUGGUCAUGGACGUCGCGCGGUGGCGCGCUGGAGGGUACUCGAAGCGGGUGGAGGAGUGGAUGGCGGUGCAGAAACAAGAAAAGAGGAUCUACAGCCUCGGCUCCCUGCCGCCGUACCUGCUGGUGCUCGCCGGCGAGAUCAUGCCCGUGGACCACCGGUGGAACCAGCACGGCCUCGGCGGGGACAACGUCGAGGGCAGGUGCCGGAGCCUCCACCCGGGCCCCAUCAGCCUGCUGCACUGGAGCGGCAAGGGCAAGCCGUGGCUCAGGCUCGACUCCAAGAAGCCAUGCGCCGUCGACCACCUCUGGGCGCCGUACGACCUCUACAACGCCGCCACCGCGCUCGAGGACUGAACUCAACCUCCUCGCCGCCCAGUGCGCGCUUCAUCGCUGCGCCACCUGCCGUGAUCGAUCAAGACGACAGCUCGCAUUGAUCGAGAUGAGGGGCAGAUCGAAGAGUUGAUGCUGGAGGAGAAACACAUCGAUCGACUGAUCAUCGAUCGUGCAUACGGGGCGCAACAAACACAUUACUGGCUUCCAAAGGCUCGAACAUUUUCCGAGGAAAUUCACAAGAGGGGAUCGAUCGAUGGACAGAUUUCCCUCUUGUUUUGGCUGGUUGGCGUCACACGUGGUGAUGGGACUGUAGUGUUGUAAAUUUGUAAAUAAAGAGGUUAGUUAGGAGGCGAC